UCUUUAAACAUUCAACAGCUUUGUACUUAACAACUCCGAAACUACAUCCGGGUAACGGUGGUGACCUUGGUGAGUUAGUCAUCAUGGCGGCCAUCGUCAGAUUGAGUUCUGUGUUUCGUAGGGGUGUAAAACCUCUGUUCUACCAAAGCACCCUGCUGGCUAGGCCAGCUGUCGUCCUUCACAAAGAGCAGCAGCCCCAACCCCUCACUGCAAGGAUCCAUUCGUCACCACCUCUCUACGCGGGCUCCGACUCCAAAGCCGCGUCUCUUCACUGGACAGCAGAGCGAGUUCUGAGCAUCGCCCUGCUUGCCUUGGGUCCUGUGGCGUACUUCAGUCCCGGGCCAUUCAUCGAUUACUCCCUGGCUGCUGCUCUCACCCUGCAUGGACACUGGGGUCUGGGUCAGGUGUUAACGGACUAUGUCCAUGGGGACACAAAGGUCAAGCUCGCCAGUGCAGGCCUCUUCGUCCUGUCCACGGUCACCUUCGCCGGACUCUGCUACUUCAACUACAAUGACGUGGGCAUCUGCAAUGCCAUCGCUCUGCUGUAUAGCAAAUGAAAGGGAUUUUGGACUGCUGAGCUCAGGGGGAACCAGCGCUUUGGGAGAAAUCUUGUCCCACCUAAUUGUAAAAAAAAUAAUAAUAAGUCAACAUGUUCUUUAUAAGUUCUAUCAUUUUGCCUUUUCUGAGGAUGUCAUGUGUUUAUCUAAUUGAUGCCGAUCCGUUCCAACUUGUUUUUUUCCAUUGAGUUGAGCUCCAAGCAUUUACUUUGGAGAUUCAAGCAUUUUCAUCCAGACAGUUAUGGUUAUGAUCAAGUCUUACAGAAUACAAAAGUUUAACAUCUUCCGUCAUGUUUUAUAUAUAUAUAUAUAUAUAUA